GCGCGCCAAUGUAGCGCCCUUUCGAUUUGAGAUGCAAACUCCUCCUCCUAAACAUUCUCUCUCUGUUUCUCUCUCUCUCUUCUCAUGCGAUUAUGAUCACUUCUUUCAUUGAUUGAAGCAAUUGAUCGUUAAAGCUAUAAACUUCGCUUGUUUUCGACUUGGAUUCUGAUGAAAUCAUGGUUAUCCGUCGUUGGAUUGACGCAGUUUGAGCGAAACCUGUUUUUAUCCGAAUACAUUCAUCAUCGAAUCUGUUUGUCGCCUCUGUUGUUAUUGAAUCUUUCCAUUUUAUCUCCCUAGCUAGGAAUUUUGAUGUAGGCGGACAAAUCAGGUUGCAUCGGCAUCUAUGAAGACUGCGCAGAUGGUUGAGACGCAAAUCCUUAUUCCGCGUCUUCUUAAGCUUCAUUUCAGAUGGAAUGGCAGAUCCUGCUAGUUUUGGAAAUUCCGAACGAGAUCUCGAACAGGCAUUCAUUGCUUUGAAGAAAGGUACCCAAUUAAUCAAGUACAGCAGGAAAGGGAAGCCCAAGUUCUGUGCAUUCAGAGUUUCCUCUGAUGAGACAACAUUGAUAUGGUACUCCCGUAAAAGAGAACGUACUCUUAAGUUAGCUGCUGUCAUAAAGAUUAUCCCUGGUCAAAGAACCGCUGUGUUUAAAAGGUUUUUGCGGCCUGAAAAGGAAUAUUUAUCAUUUUCACUCAUUUACAACAACGGAGAUAGAUCACUUGAUCUGAUUUGUAAGGACAAUGCUGAAGCAGAAGUGUGGCUUGCAGGCUUGAAGGCAUUAACCUCUCCCGGUCAAACUCAGAGUAGAAGUACAAAAAGUGAAAUUCCUGAUUUUCCUAUUGGUAGCAGCGAGCAAUUCCAAAAUAGUCGCACUUCUAGUGCAUCACUAGAGUAUACUGCCAGUAUCUGCCGUGGAAGAGUGUCUCUUGACGCAAGUGCUUUGAAUUCUCCGAAAUCAGAGUAUGAAGGUGGAAAUAUGCAAGGAAGAGCAAGCACUGGAGGAGAUGGUUUCCGAAUUAGUGUUUCAAGUAAUACUCCAAGCUGGGCAAGUCAUGUCUCUGGACCAGAUGAUAUUGAAUCAUUGGGUGAUCUCUACAUCUGGGGAGAUGUCUGGUUUGACACAAGCGACGGAACUUCAAGCCCAUAUUAUGCAAAAAAAGAAGUUCUAAUUCCUAAGCCUUUAGAAUCAAACAUUGUGCUUGAUGUUCACCAGAUUGCUUGUGGCGUGAGGCAUAUCGGUCUUGUUACAAGGCAAGGUGAGCUUUUUACUUGGGGAACAGAAUCUGGAGGCAGACUUGGUCAUGGAGUUGAAAAGGACUUCAACCGGCCUCAUCUUGUUGAAUUUCUAGGUGUUGCUAACGUUGAAUUCGCCGCAUGUGGCGAGUACCAUACAUGUGCUAUAUCUGGAACGGGUGACUUGUACACAUGGGGUGAUGGAGAACAUAAUGUUGGUGCUCUUGGUCAUGGUACUGAUGUUAGCAACUGGAUACCGAAAAGGGUUUCUGGUUCUUUAGAAGGACUUCAAGUUCUAUCUGUUGCCUGUAAUGCAUGGCACUCUGCAUUAAUAACUACUAAUGGUAGGUUAUUUACAUUUGGUGAUGGUACGUUUGCCGCCUUAGGCCAUGGGGAUAGAGAAAGCGUCUCUUAUCCGAAGGAAGUUCAUUUCCCAAAUGGAUUAAAGACUAUCAAAGUUGCAUGUGGGGUGUGGCAUACUGCAGCCAUUGUAGAAUUGAUACAGCCACAGACAAGUAACAAUGUUUUGUCUAGAAAAUUGUUCACAUGGGGUGAUGGUGAUAAAUACAGGUUGGGGCAUGGAAACAAGGACAUGCAGCUGGUACCUACUAUUGUUUCAACCCUUGGUGACUAUAACUUCCACCAGUUAGCAUGUGGCGACUGUAUAACCGUUGGACUCACCACAUCGGGCCAUGUGUUCACUGUGGGUAGCACUUCUUUUGGUCAGCUCGGAAAUCCAUCGUCUGACGGAAAACUACCUUGUUUGGUCCAAGACAGAUUAGUGGGUGAGUUUGUUGAAGAAAUAUCUUGUGGUGCAUAUCAUGUUGCCGCCUUGACUUCAAGGAGCGAAGUGUUUACUUGGGGAAGAGGAGAGAAUGGAAGAUUGGGACAUGGUGACACAGAAGAUCGGAAGGCACCAACUUUAGUUGAAGCGUUUAGAGAUAAGCAUGUGAAGAAUAUAGCUUGCGGGUAUAACUACACAGCAAGCAUAUGCAUUCAUAAGUGGGUAUCUGGAUCUGAUCAGUCGGCUUGCACUGGUUGUAGACAAGCAUUUGGUUUCACAAGGAAGAGGCAUAAUUGUUAUAAUUGUGGUCUAGUGCAUUGCCACUCUUGCAGUUCAAAAAAAGCUCUGAAAGCUGCAUUGGCUCCCACUCCACGAAAGCCCCAUCGUGUCUGUGAUUCUUGCUAUAAUAAACUAAAAGCUGCAGAAAUUGGGACUGCUACUAAUACAAGUAGGAGAGCUGCAACUCCUCCUCGGUCAGUAGAGGGCAGAGAGAGAUCAGAGAUGGGAGAGCCUAAAACUUCAAGGCUUUUGCUUUCUCCCAUAACAGAACCUGUCAAGUACCGACAGGUUAGAUCUUCAAACCAUGGGACCAUGCCCGAUUCUUACUCCAUAGUGCGAGCUUCCCAAGUUCCGUCGAAUUUACAAUUGAAAGAUGUUGCGUUUCCAAGCUCGCAAUCUUCUUCCAAGCCUUUUCGAACAUCUCCACCAAAUUCCCAACCACAAUCAGCAGCGAAUUCAAGGCCGUCUUCUCCAUACUCAAGGAGACCAAGUCCUCCACGCACAACCACUCCUAUAUUCUCUAGGGGUGUCAUUGAUAGCCUAAGGAAGACAAAUGAAGUUCUGAACAAAGAAGUGACAAAGUUGAAUAACCAAGUAAAAACCUUGAAGCAGAAAUCUGAUACCCAAGGUGAAGAGAUUAAAAAGUUACAGAAAAAUGCUCAAGAAGCAAAUAGCAUGUCUGCCAAUGUUUCUUCCACAUCUACGGUUGCAAGGGAAAUCAUUGCAUCUGUUGCAGCUGAGUUAAACGAAAUUAGAGAGAAGUUGCCUGAUGAGGUACUAAAUAGCGAUGCAUUCAAGGACAUGCAAGCUCAGAUUGAAGCGGUCCUGAACAAAGAUGAAGCCCAAAUGAAGGCUUUGAUUGACUCAAUGAAUGACCAUCACAUGCAUAAAGAUGAAACUUCAAUGGGUUAUUCUGCCCAUGAUGAUAGAGAACACACAUCCCAUCACAAUCAAGAGAGUUCAGCGAGUGGAGGGGUCAAAGAAGUAAUUGAACAAUUUGAACCUGGUGUUUAUGUUACUCUACUGGAGCUUCAAAACGGCUCAAAGAUCUUCAAGCGAGUAAAAUUCAGCAAGAGAAGAUUUGCAAAUGAACAGGCAGAGCAAUGGUGGAAGGAAAAUAAAGAUAGGCUUCUGAAAAGGUACAAUCCCACAUUGCCAUAUAAUGAAAUCCAAACUACUUAAGAAGAAGGAGAUAGUGAAGCAACAGCACCAUCUUCCUUGGAUCAAAGUGGUUGAGUUUCAAAAUCAUUUUGGAUGUUAGUAGUAGACGAAGCGCUUUGUUCCUGAAUCUGAUUCCCUUUUCAAAAAUUGGUUGUUUAGUGUUUUCUGAUAUGGCAAUGUACUACUACUACUACUACUUGUACAGUGAGUUUUUGUAAAGAGCUGUAGUUAACACUCAAUGUACUACUCUCUCUUGCAUUAUCUUGAAUGGAAUUAGGUUUUCAUCUUCAAUUGAA